GCUGAGCGCCGCCGCCAUCUUGGAGCCGCCUCUCCUCGGGUCAGUGACCUUUAACCCGGCUCUGACGGUCCGGCCCGCGCCGCCGUUCCACUUAACGGGGCAAAAGGCUGAUGGAGACUCCAGGCAGCUUCGAUCAGUUGACAAACUGCCUGAAACCAGUGGAGCUUUUAAAUGGCAUGUCUUCUAAUGGAGGAUCUGGGAUCAACAGCCAAAUGAGAGAGCAUUGCAGUUCAAAGAGACAGAGGAGAAGAGCUCAAAAUUUCACGGAUAACGAUCUCCAAACCCUUCUGAAUGAGAUGCAACCAAGGAGAGACAGAUUGCUUGGUGUGCAUGGCAGGAAACCUCAGAAACCUAUUUCACGUGCCAUGUGGAGGGAGGUGGCAAUGGCACUGAAUGCCACCUCUCUCACCUCCAGGACUGCAGACCAGUGCCGAAAAAAGUUCAAUGACUUGACGAGGGCAGGCAAGGAGAAACUUAUGCACAAUGCCCGUGAGAGGCAGGAGUGCAGAGGAGGCAUUCCCAACAUUAAGGAGCUCACCCCCUAUGAGGAGCAGGCUGUGGAGCUGCUGGGCAGGCAGUGCGGUCUCGCCGUGGUGGCAGAUGGAGAAAUAGGUGUAACAGUGCAGACUGCAGAGCCAUCACAGCAAUGGGGGCCAGAGGAUGAUGAUGAUGAUGAUGAUGAUGAGGAGGAGGAGGAGAAACUAUGCUUCCUCAUAGAUUAUGAUGAUGAGGAAGAGGAUGACGAGAACAAGCCAGAUCCUGUGGGACAGAUUGUCGGGUCUUACUCUUCAUCACCCAACUGCACCCCACUCCCUCCCAAAAUUCCUCAUCACCAUGGAAGACAGUUUGAUGAGGUGCUCACUUACUCGGUUGGAGGAAAUAUCAAAGACUGCAUUAUCCUGGGAAGCUGUGGUCGGCUCCUAGCAGGGUUUCAAUAGCCCUGUGGAUCUGUAUUGCCGAACAAAUGACAUUCUCUACUUGGAGCUGAUUUCAUAUUGAUUCAAUGUCGUUCAAUUCACCUUCCUUAUUCCGAGAACUUGUAAUAUGAUCAGAAUAGGACCAUUGGUAACAUCCGGAAUCUAUAAAUGACAUACAAGAGCAUAAGUUCCUCACUAUUUUUAAUUUGAAUGUAUAAUGAUACUGUUGUUUGCUUGAAUGAAUUGUACCCUUUAAUCAUAGAAUAGAAUCAUAGAAUGGUUACAGCACAGAAGGAGACCAUUCAGUCCAUCAUGUCUAUGCUGGCCCUAUGAUGGAAUAGCUCACCUGGUGCAACUUUCCUGCGUUUUCCCCAUGGCACUACAAAUUUUUCCUUUUCAAGUAAUGAUCCAAUUCGCUCUUGAAUACCCCAAUUGAACCUGCUUCCACUACUCACUUAGGCAGUGCAUUCCUGAUCCUAACAUUUCAUUGCAUGAAAUCAGUUUUUACUUGUGUCGCCAUUACUUCUUUUGAAAGUUCUCGAUCCUUCCAUCAAUAGGAACAGUUUCUCCCUAUCUAUCCUGUUCACACCCCUCGUGAUUUUGAAAACCUCUAUUAAAUCUCCUCUCAAACCUCCAUUCCCCAAGGACAACACUCCUAACUUCUCCAACUUAUCCAGGAAUGUUCCUCAUCCCUGGAACCAUUCUCAUGAAUAUUUUCUGCACUCUCUGCAA